CUCCAAAAUCAUGAUCAACGGUCGACGAACCGUCUUCCUAAUUUUCCACGCAGAAAGAAAAUAAAAAAUAAUAAUAUGAGGCUCUCCUUUUCUUCCCUCUCUUUCUCUCUCCUUCAAUCAGUCUUUUCUCGCUUAAGCACCUCUCUUCAGUGGGAAGUUCUUCGUGUAGAGGCAUGACGAGCAUUGCGACAACCCAUUCCAGUAUAUGGUCAUCUGGGACCCAACAAUGUUUUACUGGAAGAUUUAGUGAAGGCAGAAGAGAAGGUUAUACAGGAUCAGUAGUUCCUUAUAAAUCAAGCUUUUGUCCAAGCCGUGAUCUUGUCUACACAAAUAAUUGUCAUAGAGCUAGUAAGCAUCAUGCUGUUUGUUCCAGCUCAGUGAAUAAGAAUGAUGCAAUCGAGCCAGAAGAUGAAAACUCAGACAUGGAAUCAUCAAAGUCAGAAGGCCAACAGGCAAGUAGUGACAGUGUUAGGGACAAUUUGGAACGAAUUGUUGGAGUGGAUGACUCUACGUUCAGUGGGGCGGACCUUGCAGCUGUUAUAAGAAACAAAUAUGGAAGGUCCUAUGAUGUACAACUCAUAAAGAAGGAGUUCAUGGGGAAAAACUUUCUUGCAAUGAAUGUCAUGUGGAAGUACAGGGAGCAGAGAUCAUUCCCAUUAACCGAAGAGGAAUACAUAUUGAGGCUUGAUGAUGUAGCUACAAAUUUGAGAUGUUGGGGCGCUGUGUCACAUAUCAGAAGCAGCCUCGCAAAGUCAAAGGAGCGGCCACGGAUUGGAAAGGCUGUUAGCAUAUUCAUAGACAUGGACGAGUCUGGCGCUCGUUCAAAUGAAUGGAUCUACAAAUGAGUUUGUGUAAGAUUGGUGGCUAUACAUCAGUUAUUGGUGUGACCCUUUUUUGUGGAAAGGAAUAGCACGCAGAGGAAACGAGGUCGAAAGACCAUGAAGUUACAUAAUGUUCACCUUGUUCAGCUGCAAAAUCUUUGAUCUAGUAGUGUUUUCUCUAUAGCAUAUGAAUUGUAUAUAGCAUUUGUAAUGUCGAAAUGAACCAUAUUCAAAAUCUGUUGGGUUACAAUAUUCAAUGAUAAUCAUAUAUUCCACUCUCA